CAAAUGUUGACUUCCUGUCUUCCGCAGGUGAGCGAGUGGGUCAUUGCUGUUGUCGUCACACUCUUUCUCGCGAUCAAACUUCUCUACUGAGUCCUUCACUCUUCAAGGCGUCGAUUUGAUUUUAAAUCUUUCAAAAGGACUUUUAGUGGCCAUUUAAUUAUGGCUCCACUACCGCCGUGGUUGCUGCUGCUGCUAGUCGGAUUUUUGGGGUGCGUUUCCAGCCAGGAGAUCGGUGAGAAGUGUUUGGAGAAAUUCAAAAAAGGUCGGGAAGAUUUUGUUCUGGAUUUAGAUGAGUCUGUAAACGACGGGGCCACUUUCAUUUCGUCCCCCAAACUGGCCCGCGCGAAGGACUGUGUCGUGGCCUGCUGCAAGGAGCCCAAGUGCAAUGUGGCCUUAAUGCAAGGAGAUGCUGAGGAGGGCUCCAUCAACUCCUGCUUUCUCUUCGACUGCCUCUACAAGAAGAAAUAUGCAUGUCGCUUCGUCAGGAAGAAGGGCUACUUCAACUUCAUCCAGGAGUCCGUCUAUGAAAGCUACCUGGAGUUUGAUGUCCCACCAAAGGAAACCGAUCGUCCACCUGUGGCCAACGGAGGCCAAGACCGAGUGGUCCAACCUCAGGACAGCGUGACCCUGAACGGCUUGGAGAGCACAGAUGACAAGAAGAUUGCCUCAUUUCACUGGAAAAUGCUCACUGAGUAUCCUUACGCCAUAAUUGAGAAAACCAACUUUAUCGACCAGAUCAUCGUGUCUAAUCUGACAUCUGGGAUUUACAAAUUCCAGUUGACUGUCACGGACACCAUUGGUCAGUCCGACUCAACCAAUGUCACCGUUCUGGUUCUUACAUCCGAGCAGUCUGAACAUCAUUGCAUGGCUCCAAAGAAGAUUGGACCAUGUCGUGGUGCUUUCCCUCGAUGGCACUACAAUGCAGCUUCGGAAAAGUGUGAGGAAUUUUUGUUUGGGGGCUGCAGAGAGAACCUGAAUAACUAUUUGUCAAAGGACGAGUGCACCAAUGCCUGCUAUGGCACAGAAAAAAGGGGUACUGGUAGAGGGUUACCAGUUCCAGAGCGGCGCGAAAAGUGUGGCGUUGCCUGCACCCCGGAGCAGUUCACCUGUGCAAACGGCUGCUGUUUGGAGCCAGGCUUGGAGUGUGACUCAAUCCCUCAAUGUAGCGACAACUCAGAUGAACAGAAAUGUGAAGACUUGGACAACACAUUUCAGUUUUUGCUGAAGAUACCAUUGGAUGAGCAAAAAGUGCGCUGCACUGAGCCUCCCCACACAGGCAGCUGCAGAGACAGUCAAACUAGGUGGUACUACAACCCCCUACGGCAGGACUGUUACCGCUUUAACUACGGUGGUUGCAAGGGAAAUGAAAACCGUUUUGACUCCAAGGAGCACUGUGUAAAGGUCUGCAGAGGGGUGACAGAAAAGGAUGUGUUUGCCAGAAGGCAGGAGUUUGAACGCAGAGCUGCUGGAAGUCAGACAAGUGUCAUUGCAAUAGCUGCUGUCCUGGGUUUAGCUAUUCUCAUCCUGUUGGGCAUCCUGUUGUACUGCUUCAUGAAAGGAAAGAAAAAGUCCUCGCAGCACCACCGCGUGCCCGUCAACAACGCUCCACUCACGUCCAUAGAAGACCGGGAACGUCUGGUCUACAACAGUACAACCAAGCCCAUCUGAAUCCUUCAGCCGUGAUCUUUGAUUCCCUGUCCGUACGAUAAGUGACACCAUCGGCCAGAGCUGUGUCAUUUACUCAAUGAACUCUGAUUUAUGAGAGAGACAGCAAUGUUCAUGUUCAUCAACCGAGUGGAACUGUUUUAAUGGUGUAUGUAACAUUUUUUUGUUUGUUUUAAAGAAUGGAUAUGCAGGAGGCAGUGUAGUGUUUUGUUUUUUUUUAUCGUUUAUUCAAUUUUUCUUAAGAUCAUUUUAAUACAGUAUGUCAUUUUAAAAGCUUUUUGUCCUACGGUUUCUACUUAUAUUACCAAGGACCUCAAGUUAUUUUACAUACUAGAUUACCUCCAUAUAUUUUACCCAAUUCACUUUUGAUCCGUGAUAUGGUCUGUUACUUCAAAGUAAACCUAUAGAUGACUAAAACUGGAUUUUUUUUUUGUUUUAUGUAAAUGCCCCACUAAUUUACAGACAUGUUCUGAUGGUCAGAUAUGCUAUCUUCUACAUGUGUGUUACUCCAUUGGAUAUUCUGAAAAACAUAGGGGUAAUCCAUAAUAUUUUUCUUAUUAUGGCUUGUAGAAGGAAUGUUGUUUGGUGUUAAAAUAUGUUUUCAUAAUAAACUGAUAAUGCAUUGCAAAAUAAAACUAACUUGUCAAAGAAUUACCUCGA